CGCAUCCACACCUCCACACCUCGAUCCAUCAAGCACCGUGUGUGCUGAAGUAGUGGUCCUCGCACACGAUGAGCUGGUGGAUGAGAGGCAGGUACGGCCCAACUGAGGGGGGGAAGGCCUCACCGCCCUCCGCCUGGUCAUCGGCACCUGCUGCUGCGUCCUACAUAAACACACACACACAGAAAGACUUAGAGAGACAUGUCGUUGCGAUCAUUUGGGCUCACCCCGGCUUGCUGCAGGUAUCGAUACGCAGCCAAGAAGGCGUCGAGACCCACCUCCUACACACGCGCACAGAGAGAGAGACAUACACAGAAUACUCAGACAGAUGCAAAGACACCACACACCACACCACACCGAACGCAUAAGCGACGCUUGCCUGUUCCAAGUACAUCUUGAGGCUCUCAAUCCUGACCCCCAUGGUGUCCUGCUCUGAUGCUGCCACGCCCAAAGACGCCAACUCGCGGCCCAGAUGAGACAUCAGAUGGCCCUCACGGCCCCUCUCGGCCUCUGACGCGCCCUGUCGGUCGUGUCAUGGCACACGAAUGGAUGGAUGGAUCUGUCUGUGUGUGUGUGUUGGGAGGGGAGGGAGGAGGACAUCUACCUCUGGUGGCUGCUCCUGUGCUGCUGCUGCUGCUGCUGGCUCGGGAGGCUCGGAAGGUGCCUCUCCCGAGCGCAAGCCGUCGCUGAGAUGAGACACCGACCACCACAUUGCCCAUGGCUCAUCCCUCAUCCAUCCACUUACCGCAGUGUGGCGAUCAGCAGCUCCUCGUCUUGAUCGGUCCCCUCCUCCUCACCCCCCACAGCCACAGCCACAUCCACCUCCCCCUCUACACACAGCCAUAGGUCAUGUGUGUGACCAUUCAUUCUCUCCCUGACUGACCUUCGUCAAUGGUGAUGGCCCGUCUGCGGGGCUGUACCACCCCCAUCCCCACCGAGACCCCCUCUUCCUCUCUCGUGGUGGUGGUGGUGCUGCUGCCGGCCUCUGCUGACACGGAUCUCGCCAUACCCACUGGGUGCACCUGCAAGCAACCAUCCAAGCAAAACGACAGAAAUCCCCAGGGAGAGGCACCCUCAAUGACGCACCUGUCGAUGCACACGAAAGGACGGUGGGGGCAGGGCGGGGUGGCCACCGUCACCUUCUCCCGCUGCUGGUGGUGCUGGUAUUAUUGGCGCUGCUGGGGGUGACGGGGGCGGUCUCGGAGGCAGGGACGGCGCCGCUGCUGAUGAAGGUGUCUUCACCUCUACACCCUCCCCCCCUCCGUCCUGCUGCUGCUGUUGCUCUUUGGCUUUGAGCCUCCGUUGCUGGGCCAGAAAGUCCCUGAGUCCCUGCCUGUGCUCGUCCCUCUCGGCCUUCCUGUCUGGCCGGGGGGAGGGAGUGGAUGGGGCGGGAGAGGGGGCCUCCUGUGUGACAACAACAACAACAACAAGAAUGUGACAAAGAGUGUGGGAGAAGGAGAGAGACAGGGAGACGGACAUGUUAGGCGGGUACGGACCUGUUUGUGGUGGACCUUGGGGGCGGUCUCUCUGAUGUGCGCCUCGAUCUUCUGCCGCCGCGCCUCCGCUACGCGGAUCUUCUCCUACACAUACACAUACACAAACGCGCCUCGUCUCUCCCUCUCUCUCUCUCUCUCUCUCUCUGUCUCUGUCUCUCUCUGUGUGUGUGCGUGUGUUACGUGGUGGUAUUCCCUUCUGGCUUCCUCCAGCUCCGUCCACCGCCUCUUCUCUUCCUGCCGCUUCUUAUCCCUCUCCCUCACACCAUCCCUCCCACCCGCACCCUCUCUCGACGGCUGCUCGUCUGGAGCUGCACAGCGGUAGGGAUUGACGCACACGUCAGAAAAUCUCUCCAUCGCCAUUUUCAAGUGUAAUCAGAGAGAAAGUACCUGACCUGCCGGGGGUGUGGAGGGCUUGUUCUGCACAUCGCCCUGCCCCUGGUCUCCGCCAUGUCUGUCCUCGAGGACGCGGCGCUUGACGCUAUCGGCGAUGGCCAUCCUGUCGCGAAACUACACACACACACACACGCACACACACACACAGAGAGAGAGAGAGAGAGAGAUUUGGCCGAAGUCUUUUCUUGCCUAUAAGUCUAUAAGUAAAAACCUAUAAGUGCACGGGCUUGCUGACCUCUUGCACCAGAAACGGGUCUGCUGACGGCCCACCACCGGCAGCAGCAGCAGCGGCAGCAGCCGGCGGCUUCUGCUGCUGCUGCUGCGAAGGCGGCACCACCGCCCACCCACCACCCCCUCUCGGCCCACCACCUCCCCCACCACCGCCAGCCACCUUUCUGUCUCUCUCUUGGUGCCUGGCCGGUACAUGUCUCCUCGCUUCAGGCCUGUUCUGCGCGCCACCAAUGCCGGGCGAUGGAUCGCGUGAUACUCUGCGGUCUCUGCUUUCUGAUCGUGCCCUCUGUGGUGCUGGGGGUGGUGGUGGGACAGCUGCUGCUGCUGCUGCUGCUGCUGCAGGGGGGGAGGGAGAGGGGGCGGGGGAAGGGGAGGGUCUUUCUCUUUUGUCGUUUUUCUGCUCUCUCUGGGGGCUUUCUGGUGCUUGAGGCUUCUGUUGCGGUUGUAGCGGCGCCUGUCUGCCCUCCUCCUCUUCCAGGAAGGUCUUGAUCUGCUGCUGGAUGACCCCCCGGUUCAAUAUCGCCUAUCACCACACACAACACACAAAACAAGCCGCCACAACUUAUCCCAUUGAGAUGACGUUCUCUGGUCAAUGAGAAAUCCUAAGCGAAGAGACCUGAAUUGACGGCCUUUUCGCGGGGUCUUUCUGCAGCAUGUCGUCGACGAGCUGCCGUAUGUCAGGCGAGAAUGACUGUGAGAUGGGCGGGUAGUGGCCCUUGAGGAUCUUCAUGACGAGGCCCCGCAUGGAGUCGGCGUCGAAGGCGUGGCGGAGGGUGCAGCACUCGUAGAGCACACAGCCCAGACUGCGGGAAGCGAAGGAGAGAGAGAGAAAGGGAUACAUGUAUCCAUGUCUCUCUUCGUGUGUGUGUGUGUGUGUAUGUCUAUACCUCCUGAGGGACAUCACAUACACACACGGAGACAGACAGACAGACAGACAGACAGAGAACAGAGAGACAUUGCCAACAAUCCCUCUCUCUCUCUCUCUCUCUCUCUCUCCCUCACCAGAUGUCGCUCUUAUAAGAGUAAGGCCUCUCCUGACAUAUCUCCGGCGACAAGUAAUAAGGCGUCCCAAUCGCCGUUCUCGCGUAGUCCUGCGUGUGCUGCAACACUCGCGCUAUCCCAAAAUCUCCCAGCUUGAUCCGCUCGGCGCCGGGGCCCCUCCCGCCCUUGCCUGUCAGAAAAAUGUUCUGCGACGCAGGAGCCGCAGGACAUAGGACAUAUUUCGGCUUUGGUCUCGUUAAAGGCAUCACCCGGCCUUCACCUGUGAUUUGAGGUCUCGGUGAAGGAUGUGACGCUCGUGAACUGCAUGGAUGGGGGAAAAGUGUUUGUUUGUGGGAAGAAGGGUGAAGAUUGUUACUGACCGUGUUUGAGUGCGAGGCACAGCUGUGUGAACCAGCGAAUGAUGGUGCGUUCGGGGAAGGGGCGGUUCGUCUGCCUCUGGGCGGAGAUCUUCUUGUAGAGGUCCCCUCCUGCACACACACGCACACACACACACACACACACACAGAGAGAGAGAGAGAGAGGCGAGGCCUUUCUUAACACCGAUCCCCUCCCCUCCCGCCAUCUCAUCUCCUGACCUUCGCAGUAGUCCAUCACAAUGCACAGCUGGUCGUUCUCAAUGAAGCUCUCUCUAUACGUCACGACAUAAGGGUGCCGCAGCGAGCUCAUCACCUUGACCUCAUUCACGGCGUCCUUCUUUUGCUUGGCCUCCAUCCGCGAUAUGUCGAUGGUCUUGACGAUCAGGGAGCGGCCAUCCCUGUCAGUCACCAGCACGGCUGACCCGAAGGAGCCCUUGCCCACCACACGAACACGCUUGUAUUUGUGCAUCUUCAAGUUUGAAGUUG